UGGUGUCUAAAUAAAUCAGAGUGAGCUCACAGCCUACACUCUUGGAGGAACCUGGAGAGAGUGAACCUGACACCAACAUGCAGUACGAGUGGGCUGAAGAUGAUGAUCUGCCCUAUGGAGCAGUUCCACUGGGCCUCUCUGCACCAGCUGAUAAUAAAUGGUACAUCAUGUACCAUGGCACCAGCAGCCAUAACGCUCAAUUAAUCUUGGCCAAUGGUUUCGAGCAGUCGGAGGAGGGGAUGCUCGGCCCUGGCGUCUACCUCAGCAGAGACCUGCAGAAAGCCAGCGCCUAUCCUAAACGUCACCCUAUAUGUGACAAGGUUGUCAUUAAGGUUAUGGUCAAUGUGGGGGAAGUGAUCGCCAUCCAUUAUCAAGGCCACCCAUAUCAGAAGACCUGGCACGACUACGGCUAUGACACCGCCUGGGAACCUGAAGAGAGAGAACCUGACACCAACAUGCCGUACGAGUGGGCUGAAGAUGACUUUGACUUGCCCGAUGGUGUGGAUCGCCUGGACCUCGCUGCACCAAAAAGUGGUAAAACGUAUGCGAUGUACCAUGGCACCACCAAGAAGGCAGCUCAAUUAAUCCGUGCCACUGGUUUUAAACAGUCCGCAGGCGGGAUGCUUGGCCGUGGCGUCUACCUCAGCAGAGACCUGGACAAAGCUAGCCGCUAUCCCAUCGACCACCCUGAGUCCGACAGGAUCGUCAUUAAGGUUAAGGUCAACGUGGGGAAUGUGAUCGCCAUCAAUCAUCAAGGCCACCCACGUCAGAAAACCUGGCAUGACAGCAGAUACGGCGAGGUGUUUGACACCGCCUGGGUACCUCCCAAUUGUGGAAUGGUGAAGAGCGGUUUGGAAGAAGAUUGUGUCUGGGAUCCCAAUCGGAUCAAGAUUCUUAAAACAAUCCAACCACGCCCAGUCCAAACCUUUGGUGGACCAGGUGCACGGGGCUACUAUUAUCAAUGCGUUUAUAAAAAGACAGUUAACUCACAGCUGGCAUUCUUAAAGGAACCUGGAGAGAGUGAACCUGACACCAACAUGCAUUACCAGUGGGCUGAAGAUGACUUUCAACUGCCCUAUGGAGCAGUUCCACUGGGCCUCUCUGCACCAGAUGAUAAUAAAUGUUAUGUCAUGUACCAUGGCACCACCCGUCAUAAUGCUCAAUUAAUCUUGGCCAAUGGUUUCAAGCAGUCAGAGGAGGGGAUGCUCGGCCCUGGCGUCUACCUCAGCAGAGACCUGCAGAAAGCCAGCGCCUAUCCUAAAAGUCACCCUAUAUCUGACAAGGUUGUCAUUAAGGUUAUGGUCAAUGUGGGGAAAGUGAUCGCCAUCCAUUAUCAAGGCCACCCAUAUCAGAAGACCUGGCACGACUACGGCUAUGACACCGCCUGGGUACCACCCAGGUGCGGAAUGGUGCCGAGCGGUUUGGAGGAGGAUUGUGUCUGGGAUCCCAAUCGAAUCAAGAUCGUUAACAUCAUCAACCCACGCCUAGUCCAAUGGCCAUGUCAACAUUAUGGUGGAGAAGGUGCAUUUGGCUACAUGUGAGCUCUAUGAGAUGUUCCCCAUUUAUUUUGUGUGCUCAAAUGCUUUUUUUAUAUAUUUGGAUAAAAAGUACAUUACAUUUGCAUGUGGUUACUGUGUCAUUGUACCCUGGAAAAUAAAUGGCUGAUUUUAAA